UACAAGACUGUGAUGAAACAAUCCAUCCUCAGUCCUCAAGGAUUAACACUGAGCACAUCACACAGAGGGGAGACUGCAAAGAGUUUAGUUUUUACAGCGGUUUGAUUUUGCUGAGCAUGCGUCUGCACGGUGCAUUGAGGGUUUUGGGAGCAGUCCUUUUGGUUCUGCUGACUGGCCAUCAACAAUGCGUCUCAGCUACUUAUACUCCUCCAGAGGCUAUAGAGAACAAUGGCACCAUGUUUGCAGCCUGUAAAAUGAGACCCAGUAGUACUCUACCUGAAGGUCUCCUCAAAGUGUCAGGCCAGGUGCUGUUCAGACAGGUAGAGCAUGAAGAACUUGCAAUCCUGCUUCGGAUUAAUGGUUUCCCCAAAGAGGGAGAUCAGGGGCCCAGAGCGGUGCACAUCCAUCAGUAUGGAGACCUGAGCCAGGGCUGUGACUCUACUGGAGGACACUACAACCCGAAGGAAGUGAACCACCCAAACCACCCUGGAGACUUUGGUAACUUUGUGCCCCAUCAAGGGAAAAUCAGUGCAAUGAUAACGUCCCAAGCUACACUGUUUGGAGGGGAGUCUGUGAUUGGCAGGGCUGUGGUGAUCCAUGAGAAGGUCGAUGAUCUGGGGCUCGGUGGAGAUGCAGGGAGUCUGCUACAUGGAAACGCUGGUCGCAGGCUUGGCUGCUGCAUUAUUGGGAUCUCCUCUCCCAAACUGUGGAACAUGCAGCAUAAGCAGUUUACCAGGAGGCUGAAAAGAAAUUAGUCUUUGCUUUAAAUUCAACCAAGAGUUAUCUACAUAUAUGGAUAACCAACUAUCCCAUCAUUGAUAAUCAAAAUGUCUUUGCCUUUUUCCUGAAAUUAUGUUACAACUGGGUCAGCAAAUAAAUAAGCUUAUGACAGAAAGUAUUACACAGGAAUUGUUUUAAUUUUUUUUAUUUUCAGUUCUGCAGUUUGGCCAAAAUGCACCAAAAUGUGUCUUUAAAGUCUAUGCACCCAUUCAAUAAAAAUACAGGCAUUUUAAUUGUGCUUUAAAAGUGCUCAAGAGCAGUGGUUCACCUGGUCUCCUAAAUUACAAAUCACAUCCCAAAUUUUCAAAACAUCUCAACUAUACAUAUUUAUUUAAUGAAGUAUGUUGCUGUUCUAAUUUUGGAUGGCUCAAACAUAUGAUUAAAAAAAGAGAUGCAACAAAAUAGACUUUGUACCUCAUUUUGCCAUGAUAGCAUGUAAAUUUCUGCCAAUUUUCCAGAGAUCUUGUGGAAUUACCACAUUAUAAUGGGAAAAGCAGAUUUGUUACUCCAAGAAAUUGAGAUAAAUGAGUUGAAAUACUGAGAAAAACAAAUUUUCCUGUUAUCUCUGUAAAACAGUAAAAUAAAAUGUAUGGAUGUACAGUGCUUAACAAAUUUAUUAGACCACCUGUCAUAUUUGUCUCAAAGACCAUCCACCAUCAUGAAGUGCUUUAAUGCAGACUCUUUCAUUUUCA